AUGGCGGGAGACAAGACGAAGGAAAAAAGUGACGAGGAACGAGAGGGCAGCACAUACAAAGAGAUGACAAGUGACGAGGAAAGACAUGAGAGAGGUAAAGCGAAUGGCGCAAGCGCCGGGAUGACCAAGAGAAGGAGGGGAAGGCCGCGCACAUUCAAAAGUACAAAUUCAGCGAGUAAAAGAGACUACGGUAUGAAAAAUGGAGCGUUAGAAAAAUUUGUGUUUAGUCAGAUGGAUAUAAUAAAGGCAAAAGCAAAAAAGGUAGAAAACACAGACAAUAUAAAUGAGGUAGACUGGUGCAGAGCCGGAUUUCAGCUAGCGAGAACACCGGCAAGAAACAGUAGAGGAAGUCUGCAAGUUGAGAAGGACAGUAAUGAAGAGGCGAAAGAGUUAGAUAUAAUCGAGACAAUCAAUGAUAGGAAAGACAAACAGAAAGAUGAAGUGGGAAAAAAGACAAGAGAACAAGCAACGCAGACUGGAAUGUCAAAUUGGAGCCAAAAGCAGGAAAUGAAGGAUAGUGAAAAAAAUUCAGAGGAAAAGAUGUGGCAAUUGAUCGCAGAGAUAGAAGACAGGGUAAAAACAAAAGUUGAAGAAUUGAUAAUGAAAUCAAUGGAAGAAAUAAAGGCAUGUACAAGACAAGAAACCUCGAAGAUAGGGGCCCAAAUAAUUAGGAGCAAAUGUAAAGAAGACCAAGUGGAAAAGGAAAGAAGACACAGACAGGAAAUAGAAAGAUUAGAGAAGGAAAUUGGUAAAAGAGAACAACGCAUAAAGGAAAAGGACAGAGUAAUUAAAGAGCUAAGUGAAAAAAUAAAAAAGGAGAAAGAAAGUAAGACGAACAUACCAAAUAAGACAAAAGCAACCGAGGAAAAAAAAAGGAAAGCAACACGACAGUCAGAGUCACGACACAAAGAGACAAGGAAAGAGUAA